AUGUUUCCGUACGUUGAAGACUACGACGGCUAUGCCGUUAAGAGACUGAUGCUAGAGAACGUGGACGUUCUUGGCUACCUGAGCCUCGGUUAUCUGGCACUUGUGUGGAAAGGGCCUGCUGUGGUGAGGCGCCUGAAUGGGGAAACGAACCGUGUGAGCAACUCGGGGCUUCUUCGCUACGCCAUCAUUGUCUGGAACCUCCUGUUGUCGGCGUUCUCGUUCUUUGGCAUGAUUGUUGUGGUGCCGGCCUUUCUGACGAGGAUAUCCCAGCGUGGCAUGCUGCGGGCGUUAUGUGGCAACAAUGAUGAGAUGUUUUAUCGCUCCUCCGCGGGGUUCUGGAUCGGUAUGUUUGUGCUGUCAAAGGCACCGGAGCUUGUCGAUACCAUGUUUCUGCUGUUGCAGGGGAAAACCCCGCCGUUUCUGCACUGGUACCAUCAUGUCACGGUGUUGAUAUUUUCAUGGCAUACAUAUUGCGAUCACACCAGUACAAUGGUACUGUUUGCCGCGAUGAAUCUGACGGUGCAUUUCAUCAUGUACUUUUACUUUGCGAUGUGCGCUUGUGGCUUUAAGAAGACGAUGCGGAAAUUUGCGCCGUUUAUUACGAUGCUGCAGAUUUUGCAAAUGGUGGUGGGCAGUCUGGUGACGACGUACUCGGCGUACAAAGUGUACACGACGCCGGAGGGAGCCGCGCCGGGGUGUCAUGUCUCCAGGGCCAACGCACGGAUGGGAGUGAUCAUGUACAUGAGCUACCUUUACCUCUUUUCGGAAAUGUUCCUGAAUUCCUACGCGAGGCCAAAGAAACCCGUGGCCGACCCGACAGCCGCAGGGAAGAAGGUGUGA